GAGUCAAACUCCCAAACAAGUGAGGUUCCCUCUGACCCAGAGCCGGGGAAGCCAGGCUGGGCCCUCCCCAGGGAGGCAGGCCUGGCUGGACUCCCGGCUCUGAGGGAGGGGGCUGGGGGCUUGGCCUCCCUGGUUCCCUGUGGACCUGGACUUCUGAGUCUGAGGCAGGACGGGGCCUGGAUCCCGGGGCCCUUGGGGGAGGAAGGGCCGAGGGCCUGAUUCCUGGGUUCCCUGGGGAGGAGGGGGCCGGGGGCCCGGAUUCCUGGGUCCUGGCACCCACCCGUAGAACCGACCUUGCGGGGCCUUCGCCGCACACAAGCUCGUGUCUGUGGGUCCGUGUCGGGGGCUCUCCAUCGCGGCUGGGGCCUCCCCGGCCCUCCCCGCCCACCCUGGCCCCCUGUCUGUCCGUCUGUCUGUCCACCUGCCGCGCGCCCCGGGCUGAGGUAGGAGGUUGUAUAGUUGAGGAGGACACCCACGGAGAUCACUAUACGGCCUCCUAGCUUUCCCCAGGCUGCGCCCUGCACGGGACGGCCCGGCGGGGACCCCCGGCCCCUGUCGCCGCCCCACCCCGCCGGGCUCAGGGGGCUGCUGGGAGGAGAAGCCGGGCUGUCCCUCCUGACCUCGUCCCUGCCUGCCUUCCUUCCUCCCCUUCCCUCAAAAAGUUUCUCUCCCAGCUAGAAAUCUGGCUUUUUUCCUGUUCUUCUCUCUGUCUCUCCAUCUCUGUCCCCGAGUCUCUGCACAGCGGCUGCUCAGACCCUGACUCCAUCAGUCUCUUAUGGUGCCUUCUGGGUCUCUGGCUCAGUUGCUGUCUUUCGGGCCCUCGCAGGGUCUAUGUCCCUUUGUGCCGCAGCCCCCCAGGGCCUGGCGGGGGGUUCCCCCCACACCACACUGCCGGCCUCUGAGUCCCUGAGACCCUUUAACCUGUGAGGACGUCCAGGGUCACAGGUGAGGUUCUUGGGAGCCUGGCGUCCGGCCCAACCACCAGCCUGGGGACUGUCGGCCCAAUGACCCCACACACCCUUCCUCCCCUGAAAACCCUAGAGCCUGACAUUUGACGGGGGACACUGAAACCUGACCUCUGACCUCUGUCUCAUGGGCCCCUCCCCCUCCCCACGGUGACCUCACAAAAGUCACUAGCUUCUCUCCAGGCUGAGAGCCUCCGUGAUGGCCCUGCUGGUCCCAGCGAGCACCGUCUCGUCCGCCCUGGUGGCCCUCUCCGUCUUCGGGGCCUCCGCCUGGGCCUGUCUCCUCUGCUUCACGUCGUACAAUGAGCGCCUCCAGAUCUGCCAGAUCUUCGACGGCCUGGAGAGGCCGGCCCUGGGGGAGUGUGAGGAGGCCUUCGCGGAGGCCUUUAAGGGCCUCCUGGACACUGAGAUCCACUACGAUGAGAGAAGCCACCUGCACGAUGCCUUCACCCAGAUGACCCACUCCCUCCAGGAGGUGGCCGCCGCCCAGGGGUCCUUUCGGGUUGCCUUCCCUCUUGCCGCCAGGAAAAUGCGCAAGGUUAUAUCACAGCUUAAAGAAGUCCCGGCCUGCGUCCCUCCCUGCGGACUCCAGGAGGUCGCCCGGCGUUUCCACUGUCGCGGGUGCUACUCCACCGUCUGCGACCUCCCGUUGGACUGCCCAGUUCAGGACGUGACGGUGACUCGGGGUCAUCAGGCUAUGUUCUCCUGCACUGUGAACUUCCAGCUGCCCAAGGAAGAGAUCACCUAUUCCUGGAAGUUCGCUGGAGGUCUCCGGACUCAGGACGUGUCCUACUUCCGAGACAUUCCGCGGGCCGAAGGAUACCUGGCGCGCAUCCGGCCGGUGCAGCCCAAGCACCGCGGGACCUUCUCCUGCGUGAUCACACACGACCAGCGCCCCCUGGCGCGGCUCUACUUCUUUCUUAACGUGACGGGUCCGCCGCCGCGCGGGGAGACUGAGCUCCAGCUCACUUUUCGGGAGGUCUUGCGCUGGGCGCCGCGGGAGGCGGAGAUGAUUGAACCCUGGAGCCCGAGCCUGGGCGAGUUGCUGGCCAGCCCCGAGGCUCUGACGUCGGGCAAUCAGUGCCUGCUCGCGGCCCUUGUGGCCUUAGUAUCAGUCUGUGUGACCGUGCUGGCGUGGUGAGUCCCCGGGACCCGGAGUCCCAGCGUCCGUCUUUCCCCUUCCCCAGAUCCGCGAUUCUGAAUUCCCAGACUGUCCUCCCUCAGACCCAGAAGUCUGGGUCCCCCGCCUCCUAUUCAGAAGUCCAGCCCCUACUCCCUCGGGUCCAAGAAUCCAAGUCUUAUCACCCACCUGUGGGACCCAGGCUCCAGGAACCAGAUUCCUGGUCCCUAGCCUCCCCUACCCCCCAAACACCUCCUUGUUUUCCCCAGGAUGUUCUUUCGAUGGUACUUCAGCGGCAGCUAACAAAGGUAUCUUUUCCUUCCUUAUCCUACUUCCAUCCCUAAAAUAAAGAAUAUAUUCCAAGA